UCACUUUCCCUCGCGGUGAGUUGAGGUUGAACAGCGGGGACUCGGGGGCUGAGCGGGGGAUGCUGCUGCUUCUGCUUUCGGCACUUCCUCUUUGCACGCACAUCAUUGCGGGUCUCACACUCAAGGACAGCUUUUUGCCUACACUGUAAGAGGACGUUAUUGACCAAACAGGAAAAUCUUGCUGUGUUCCUGAUGGAGGGAAAGUUGGAAGGCUUUCAGGAAGUCAACCAUGUUUCCCUGUGUCUCCUCAUGGCCUUCUACUGAAGCAACCGCUCCUCUUGGCUAUGCCCCAUCCGCUCCUGCAGCCCAGGCACCUGAGCAGACUCUUCCGGACCUGUUGCGUGGGUGUGCCACGCUCUCAGCCCCUCCCCUGAGCCCCUGUACUGUUGACAUGGAGUCCCUUAUUGUGGUAACGGAGUACGAGCCUAGUGGAGACAGGAUGGGCGAUGCUGAGGAGGAGGAUCCAGAGGAGAUGGAUAGCUCAGAGACACCCGAGCUGGCCUCAGCUCCACUCCCACCCUUCCAUGCACCGUCCUGUGACCUUUUAUCGCACACAGCCAGUCGCCCCGAGGCUCUCUUCCCAGUGGCACAGGAACAUCGGGGCAGGCUAAACCUCUCAGACAGGAAGCUGUCACUGCAGGAGCGCUCACACACACUGUCCUCACCCUGUGGCUCACCCGGCCUCAACGGCCGCUACAUCUACCCCUCUCUGCCCUACUCACCCAUCACCUCGCCCCAUUCGUCCCCUCGCUUGCCUCGCCGACCCACUGUUGAGUCACACCGAGUUUCCAUUACUGACCUGCAGGAUUGUGUGCAGCUGAACCAGUACAAGCUGAAAGACGAGAUCGGAAAGGGCUCCUACGGAGUUGUCAAACUGGCCUACAAUGAAGAUGACAACACUUACUAUGCGAUGAAGGUCCUGUCCAAGAAGCGUCUGAUGCGGCAGGCUGGUUUCCCACGAAGACCUCCUCCUCGAGGGGCCCGCUCUGCUCCUGAAGGUCCUCCUCAACCCAAAGGCCCCCUGGAGAGGGUGUAUCAAGAGAUUGCCAUCCUUAAGAAGCUCGACCAUCCUAAUGUGGUUAAGCUGGUAGAGGUGCUAGAUGACCCGGGUGAGGACCAUCUGUACAUGGUAUUUGAACUGGUCAAGCGUGGUGCAGUGAUGGAGGUCCCCACAGAUAAACCCCUAAACGAGGACCAGGCUCGCUUUUACUUCCAGGACCUCCUCAGAGGAAUUGAGUACUUACACUAUCAGAAGAUCAUUCAUCGUGACAUUAAGCCGUCUAACCUGUUGGUUGGUGAGGAUGGACAUAUUAAAAUUGCUGACUUUGGUGUCAGCAACCAGUUUGAGGGAGCUGAUGCCUUGCUGACCAGCACGGUGGGAACGCCGGCAUUCCUCGCUCCUGAGACGCUCUCAGAAACCCGCAAGAACUUCUCAGGCAAGGCUCUAGAUGUUUGGGCCAUGGGGGUCACGCUGUACUGCUUUGUCUUUGGUGUGUGUCCCUUCAUGGAUGAACGCAUACUGAGUCUGCACCAGAAGAUCAAAACUCAGCCUGUGGAGCUACCUGAGCACGCCGAUGUGUCUGAUGAUUUGAAGGACCUCCUUUUUAAGAUGCUGGAUAAAAAUCCUGAAAACAGAAUAACUGUACCACAGAUCAAGGUCAGUUCACCUUGGGUGACACGGCAUGGGGCAGAGCCUCUUCCUCCUGAGGAUGACAACUGCUGCAGUUUGAUUGAGGUGACAGAGGAGGAGGUGGAGAACUCAGUGAAACAUAUCCCCAGUCUGGCCACAGUGAUCUUGGUGCGCACUAUGCUGCGUAAGCGAUCAUUUGGGAAUCCUUUCGACUGGAGCCGGAGGGAGGACCGCAGUCCCACUGCACAGGGACAUGGCCUAACAAAAGGGAGAGCAGGGAAUUUACGAUACUGCUUCAUUCACGGUAACCAAAGGAAACAAGAGAGCGGAGAUGGCACACGCAGUAUGGACUUGCCCUUCGUAGGCGAGGAUGAAGUGCUUUCCUGACGCCUCAUGCCUGACUGAAAGGGCUUACUGUCUCGCGCCCCCGGGAUGUGAGUGAUGGGGGAUUUGGAACGGUUUCCGAGAGCCGUCAUGCAGCUGGGACACGAGGACAUCGUGUGGGACGUAUCCCCUACAACAUGCAUGCAUUUGUACAGUUUUACUGCAGCAUGCGCUGUUUGUGUGUCAUCUCAGGACACACUCUUCCUUAUAUUUGUGAGUGUGUGUGUGUGUGUGUGUGUGUGUGAGUGUGUUUAUUUCCCCUCCUGUGUAGUGCGGAGGCUGUGCUUGCACUUUUACUAUAUGGAGUGGGAUCACACUAUUUCUUGAAGCACAUGGUGAAGGUGGUUUGAAUGCUAUUGGCUGUUUCUCAAAACAGGAAGUGCAAAAAAAAAAAUACUUGGCUUCCAGUAGCUUAAAGCUACCACAGGAGGUUCUUGCUAACUAGCUGGUUUAGCUACCGUGCUGCCGACAGUUGGAGUAAAAAAGCAGAUGUUUGAUAUUAGCCAGUUUUUACGAAAUCAGCAAAUAUUCACUGAUUUUGGAACCCGAUAAUAGAAAUCAAAUUGUUCUCACAGUGAGCGAUAUUAUUAGAACAUGUUCAGGAACUUAAACUGCUUUAUUAGCAUGUAAGCCACGAAUCGAAAGAAAGAACGCAGGAACACAGCUUGAGAAACAGCCUGUGUUCAGAUCUCCAUCAGGGUUUGAUAUUAAAUUUGUUAGGAAUCGAUUGAUUUGUAGAUCUAUUAUCAAAGAACUAGAAUGUAAAAAAAAAAGAAUAAGGUUCUCUUGCAUAAUUUAGCAAAAAAACAAAACAAAUGUAAUUUCAAGCAAUAGGGGGCGCUGCUUUACAAGAUCAUGUUUAUUUCAAGGCACUUUUUGUUUUAUUUCAAAUGGCACAUUUUAUUUUUAAACUGAAAUCAAAGUGUAGAAAUGCUGCAUCCGCAAAUUCCACAAAUCUAAUCAGUUUUUCCUCAAAAUGCAUACAUGGCGUGAAUAUAAUUAUUGGCACCCUUUAAGACACCGAUUUGACCUCUAGGAGUGAUACUUAAAUCUUCAACGAACAAGGAUUUUGAAGACUUUCAUUUGAGAAUUUUUUUUGCAGGCUUAAAUUUAGUUGAUUUUUUAUUCACGCCAUUGGCUUACAAUUAUUGCCACCCCCACAAUUAAGAAGAGAGUAGCAUUGAGAUUUGUGAUGCCUAAAUAAGCUUGUAGACAGCAUCCUAAACCCUUUUACAUUCUCAGGUUCGAGCAUGUGGAGUUUUUUUAUUAACAUCAAUCGUAGUACAUAGUACAGAAUUCAGUCAUUUAAGACACAGGUUCGUGCCAACACUUAAACUUAAAAAAAAAUCAGUGUUCUUUGUUAGUAAUCAUAUUGGCCUGAUCAUAAUUUUUUUUGCGGAUAUAUCAUAAAUAGUCGCAGCCCAAGUUGUGAUAUUUCUCUCUACAAAAUCAUUAAAAAGGUUAAACAGCCUGCCCUGACCAGUGAUCAUAUCCAUAGUUAUCUACAUUCAGGGAGGUGCGCAUGUGUUAAAUUGUGAACACAUUCACUAAUAGAUCAGGUCAAGUCAGGAAACUGGGUUUUUAUAUAAUAGGGAAGGAGUUUGAGGGAAUAUUAGCACGUUUACAAAAUGAUCCACAAUGUUCCUUUACCCAGAAUGUAGUCUUGCCGUGCGACAAGGCGUGUUUGGUGUGUGCAAGGCGAAGAGUUUCAGGAUGAGUUUAUAAUUGAAAUUCGAUUCACUGUAUUAUGAAAUGUACACACAGUGUUCAGUGAAAUACUCUUUGAGGUGACUAAGACAUGCAUCAUGCCAAACUGGCAACUUCUAUUAUAUAAUAACUCCAUUAGCCUUGUAAGUGCAGUGAAAAACAUCAAACGUCCGACACCAAACAUGCGCUUUACAUUUUAGGUAACGGACAUUGUGCUUUACAGUAUGUUUGGUUCUUUUAUUUUUUUUUAUUAGAAUGAUCUAAGAAAUAGGUUUCUUCAGUGUGUGCACACAGUGCAAACCUUUUUAAUAUAAACUGAUAUUUUACCAAAAUAUGAUUAAAACUGGUGCAUCUUUGAAAAAACUAAAAAAAGACAUGGUCAUGUUGAAAGCGUAUUAGUUAUUGACAUUUCAAUAUUAGACAUAUAGAUUGCAUCUGGGUUUUUUUUGGAGAAAUACAAUAACUUUUACAAUCUA